AUGGUACACUCGCUCUUAGUAAUAAGUUUUGUGGUAUUUCAUUUUACUUCCGGUCUACAUGCACAACAAUGUGAGCAAACCUCCGAUGCAGCGCGUUUCGAUUGUCAUCCAGAGGAUAAUCCAACUGAAAGUACAUGUGAAGCAAGAAAAUGUUGUUGGCGAACCCCAAUCCCACUGACAAAUGCAACUGUUCCAUAUUGUUACUUUCCAUCAGAUUUUCCAACAUACGAGGUCAAAUCGAAAGAAACAACAGAUUUCGGACAACAAUUACGAAUUGUUAAAUCACAAACAACUUACAUGCCACACGACAUUUUGGAUUUAACAGUUGAUUUGAUCUAUGAAACACAGCAACGCUUUCGUAUUCGAAUCUACGAUUCAGCUUAUCAACGAUAUAUGGUGCCAUUGAAAGUGCCAGUUGUAGAGAAAAAGGCUAAUUUAACUGAUUAUCAAGUCACGAUUAGUGAAAAACCAUUCGCUGUACUUGUGACACGAAAGUCAACUGGCGCAACAUUAUUUGAUUCGAGUGUUGCUCCAUUGAUAUUUGCUGAUCAAUAUAUAAAACUAUCGACAAGAUUGUCCAGCCCACUCUUAUAUGGACUUGGAGAGCACAGACAGCCAUUGCUACUGAAUGUCACUGCUGAAUGGAAGCGAUUGACAUUUUGGACACGAGAUUUUCCACCCAUUGAAAACACGAAUCUCUAUGGUGUUCACCCAUUCCAUAUCAAUAUUGAACGAACACCGGACAAUCGUACAAGUGUCCACGGACAGUUCUUCCUUAAUUCUAAUGCAAUGGAUGUAGACCUACAACCACUACCUGCUCUCACUUACACGACCAUAGGUGGUAUCAUUGAUUUGUACAUAUUUACUGGACCAACUGUACAGGACGUUAUCGAACAGUACUGGGAUGUCAUUGGAAAACCGACUAUGCCACCGUUUUGGUCACUCGGAUUCCAUCUCUCUCGCUAUGGAUACAAUACGAUCGAAAAUUUGUGGACAACAGUGAAAAGGAUGCAUGAUGCUGACUUUCCAUAUGAUGUUCAGUGGACAGAUAUCGAUGUGAUGUCGGAUAAACUUGAUUUCACCUAUGAUACAACGAAUUUUAAUGGUCUUCCUGAGCUUGUUCGUACACUACAGUCUGAUGGUAAACACUACGUAAAUAUUAUUGAUCCGAGCAUCAGUUCAUCUCAACCGGCUGGCACUUACCCACCGUACGACGAUGGAAUGAGUCAAGCGAUAUUCGUUACAAAGUUCAAUUCCGUUGAACCCAUCACAGGAGUAUCUUGGCCUGGUACAACCGUUUUUUCUGAUUUCUCAAAUCCAAAAGCAGUUGACUGGUGGACUCGUACGGCUGGAGCUUUUCAUGAGAGAAUACCGUUUGAUGGUAUGUGGAUUGAUAUGAAUGAACCAUCGAAUUUUGUCGACGGCUCACGGGAUGGAUGUACGACUAAUCUACUCGACAAUCCUCCAUAUGUUCCACACGUAUUCGGUAAUAAUCUUAGAUCGAAAUCAUUGUGUCCUUCGGCUCAACACUAUCUAUCAGUGCAUUAUAAUCUACACAGUAUGUAUGGCUAUUUUGAAGCACAGGUCACGAACACAGCAUUGAAAACUAUUCGUGGAAAACGUCCAUUCGUUUUAUCGCGUUCAACAUUCGCUGGCUCUGGCCAGUUUACUGCUCAUUGGACUGGCGAUAAUCGCGCCAGAUUCGAAGAUAUGUAUUACUCAAUUCCAGCCAUACUUAGUUUUAAUAUGUUUGGAAUAACUCAUGUGGGUGCGGAUAUUUGUGGCUUUGGACUCGAUACAACUGAGGAGUUGUGUACACGGUGGAUGCAACUUGGCGCUUUCUAUCCAUUCAUGAGAAAUCACAAUGAUAUUGGUCAAAAGGAUCAAGAUCCAGCUUCAUUCUCAUGGGAAGCACAACAAAUCAUGAAACAAGCUUUACUGAUGAGAUAUUCACUCAUUCCGUUUUGGUACACUCUUCACUAUGAAGCUUCAACAAGAUCGCAUCCUAUUAUUCGACCACUUUUUUUUGAAUAUCUCAGUGAUGGCAAUACAUACAAUAUAGAUCAACAAUUUCUCAUUGGUCGUGCUCUACUUGUGUCUCCAAACUUAGUCUCACAAUCGAGUACCAUUUAUGCUUACAUUCCUAACGAUGUUUGGUACGAGUUCCCAUCAGGUGCUGCGGUGAAAACUGUUGGACAAUUUGUAAGCUUGAAUGCACCAUUAUCAAAAUUAAAUCUACAUGUACGCGGUGGUUUCAUCCUACCAAUGCAAACACCAGGUGCUAAUCUAAUCCUUGGACGCGGAAAUCCAUUUUCAUUACUUGUUGCUCCGUCUCAAUUUGGAAAUGCAAGCGGUAAUCUUUUCUGGGAUGAUGGGGAUAUCAUCGAUCCCAUCGGAAGCAAUACAUACAACUAUUUUGAAUUUACACUAUCAUCUCCUAACAUGUUAACAAUUAAUUCGAUAGUUCUGAACUAUAGAGACUCUCCUAUGCGCUUGGAUUCUGUGAAAAUUCUUGGUGUCGUUAAGUCAGUGACUGGUGUAACUGUCAAUGGAAAACCCUACUCGAAUUAUAUCUACAAUCUUUUCGAUCAAAUUUUGAUUAUUCAUGGUCUCGACAUGAAUAUGUUAGUUGGAUCCAGUCAGAUCAUGCAAUGGACAACAUCGAAUGAAAAACAGGUGCAUUGGACGAAAAAUUUCGCAGUAUUGCAUUGUGUAUGGUCUGCAGGCGGACAACAGUGUGAUGUGAGCCCACACGAGGCACGCUUUGAUUGUUAUCCGGAGAAGAACCCAACAAAAGAAAAAUGUUUAGCACGAAAAUGCUGCUGGAGAAUUCCAGUGAACAAAGCUAAUGACACUCAAAAACGUUUGACUAGUAUUGGUGUGACUGGCAUACCUUUCUGUUAUUAUUCAAAAGACUUUCCCAGUUAUCAAGUCACGACUAACGGAAGCACAGAUUUCGGUCAGCGAAUUCGUAUUGUUAAAUUACAAACGACCUACAUGCCAAACGAUAUUAUGGAUUUGACAGUUGACUUGAUUUAUGAAACGCAGCAACGUCUGCGUAUUCGAAUCUAUGAUACUAACAAUAAACGUUACGAAGUACCAUUGAAAGUGCCCGUGAUCAAGACGAAAGUCAAUGUCAGCGAUUAUGAAGUGAAUAUUCGUCGAAGGCCAUUUGCAGUCGUUGUUACACGAAAAUCAAACGGUGCAAUAUUAUUUGAUUCGAGCGUAGCUCCGUUGAUAUUUGCUGAUCAAUUUAUUAAAUUAUCAACGCGACUAUCUAGUCCGUUGUUGUAUGGUUUAGGUGAACAUCAACAGCCUUUGUUGAUCAACGUGACCGAUGAAUGGAAACGGUUGACGUUCUACACUCGAGAUUUUCCACCAGUGCAACACGUUAACCUCUACGGUGUUCAUCCAUUCCAUAUCAAUAUUGAACGAACACCGGACAAUCGUACAAGUGUCCACGGACAGUUCUUCCUUAAUUCUAAUGCAAUGGAUGUAGACCUACAACCACUACCUGCUCUCACUUACACGACCAUAGGUGGUAUCAUUGAUUUGUACAUAUUUACUGGACCAACUGUACAGGACGUUAUCGAACAGUACUGGGAUGUCAUUGGAAAACCGACUAUGCCACCGUUUUGGUCACUCGGAUUCCAUCUUUGCCGUUGGGGAUAUAACAAGAUCGAAAAUAUGAUAGCAUCUCUCGUGAGAAUGCGAAAUGCUGACUUUCCAAUUGAUGUUCAAUGGACGGACAUCGAUGCUAUGGCUUCGUUUCUUGAUUUCACGUAUGACAGUCAACAUUUCCAUGGUCUUCCGGAAUUUGUUCGUGCAUUACAAGCCGAUGGAAUACAUUACGUGAACAUCAUUGAUCCGGGUAUCAGCUCAACACAACCAGCUGGCUCCUAUUUUCCAUUUGAUGAUGGAGUAAAACGAGGCAUCUUCAUGACAAAAUUUAAUUCAACCGAGCUCAUCAAAGGAAAAGUUUGGCCAGGAAUAACAGCCUUUCCAGAUUUUACUAAUCCGAAAGCGGUUGAAUGGUGGACGAGUGCAGCAGCUGCUUUUCAUGACGUAGUACCAUUCGAUGGAAUGUGGAUUGAUAUGAAUGAACCAUCUAGUUUCGUAGAUGGAUCUCAAGAUGGAUGUACUGAAAACUCGUUAGAUAACCCACCGUUUACACCUCACGUUCAUGGUGAUGCACUUUCUGCCAAAACAGUAUGCCCAUCUGCACAGCACCAUUUAUCAUCACAUUACAAUUUACAUAGUAUGUAUGGUUACUUUGAAGCACAAGCUACCAAUAUAGCAUUGAGAACGAUUCGUAAAAAGCGACCUUUUGUUCUAUCCCGAUCGACUUUUGCUGGUUCAGGUCAAUUUACUGCACACUGGACCGGUGAUAAUCAAGCCACAUUUGACGACAUGUACUUUUCAAUACCAGCUAUCCUGAAUUUCAAUAUGUUCGGUGUCACACAUGUCGGUGCUGAUAUUUGUGGUUUUCUUCGUGAUACUACCGAAGAAUUAUGCAUUCGAUGGAUGCAACUUGGUGCUUUCUAUCCAUUCAUGAGAAAUCACAACGCCAUCGGAGAAAGAGAUCAAGAUCCUGCUUCGUUCUCAUGGGAAGCACAACAAAUCAUGAAACAAGCCUUGUUGAUGAGAUAUUCACUCAUUCCCUUUUGGUAUACACUUCACUAUCACGCGUUGUUCAAAUCACGAUCAAUUGUUCAACCACUGUUUGCAGAAUACUUAAACGAUGAGAAUACAUACGAUAUUGAUCGGCAGUUUUUGGUUGGACGUGCUUUGCUGAUUUCUCCGAACCUAUUACCGGAAUCGGAUGUUGUUUAUGCAUAUAUUCCAAAAGAUGUUUGGUAUGAAUUUCCACUAGGUGUGAAACUGUCUGAUGUUGGCUUAUUUACCGAUUUGGAUGCUCCAAUAUCGAAAAUCAAUGUACACGUUCGUGGAGGUUUCAUUAUUCCAAUGCAAAUACCCGGUGACAAUCUAGUUCUGGGACGUGGCAAUCCGUUUACUCUGCUCGUUGCUCUAUCACAAUCGGGCAACGCAACUGGGAAUCUGUUUUGGGACGAUGGAGACUCACUCGAUUCGAUUGAAACAAAAGCAUACAAUUAUUUAGAAUUCUCUCUAACUAAUUCUAAUAAAUUGACUAUCAACGCUGUCGUAUCAAAUUACAAAGAGUCAGCAAUGCGUUUAGAUCUUGUGAAAAUUCUUGGACUUGAUCACUCUGUUACCAAUGUCAUUGUCAAUGGCCAAUCAUAUUCAAGUUAUAUUUAUAAUAUUCCCGAUCGGAUUUUAGUAAUUUAUGGUCUUGAUUUGGAUAUGAUUGAUCCAGUGAGUCAAACGAUUCAAUGGUCAGUUUCCAAUUAA